CGUCCUCCCGCACGGAAAGGGAUCCGACCGACAAACAACGCCACGCUCUUCGGGAAGACCAGAUCCACGGCAUGCCGGCCGAACCCGACCGAAACACCCAUGCCAACGAGAGCAGCGAGAACAACAACACCAACCACGACGACGGCAGCGGAAACGGCAGCGGCAACGGCAACGACCCACCCCCUGUCCUUCUCCGCGACAUCCUGCCCCCGGAGGAUCCCACCGGCGACCAGGGCGGCGAGCGGGCGGUUUGCGUCCGCCUCUACCUGAUCCGGCACGGGCAGACCGACUGGAACCGUGCCGGCCGGGUCCAGGGCGGGGGCUACGACGUUCCCCUGAACGCCACCGGGAGGCUCCAGGCCAAGCGGGCGGGGAAAGCCCUGGGGGGGAUCCCCCUGGACCUGGUGGCAUCCUCGGGGCUCUCCCGGGCCUCGGAGACCGCGGACCUGGUGGCCCUGGAAGUCCAAGCCCUUGCAAAAAAAAGCGGGAGUGGCAACCACCACAACGGUUGUUCCCCGGCCCGUGUGGUCGACAAGGGCUUCAACGAGAUGCGCUUCGGGGCCCUGGAGGGAAUCAAGGGGACCCGUGGCCGUCCUUGCUCCCGAGGGGGGGAAGACCGGCUCUGGGAGCGGGCAAGGGCCGCAAAGGAAAAGGUCCGGCUGGACCCGGACUGCUGCUUCCCGGCCACCCUUUUCGGCGAAGACGACGAUUGCGGCGGCGACGACGACGACGAAGCGGCGGAAAAGGACAAGUGGAGGGUCCUCGAAGGAACGAGGGAGGGAGAGUCCACGCGGAUGGUCCAGGAGCGAUCCCUGCGGGCCCUGUCCGGGGUCCUUUCCGCCGUCCCGGGCGGGGAAAGACUGGGGGGCACCGACACCACCAAAAAUACCGAGAAGCGCGUCUACCACGUCGCCGUCGUCGGCCACGGCCGGACCAACAAGGUCCUCCUGGCGGCCAUGCUGCACGGGGAGGCCCAGGGGCGCUAUUCGGAAAUCCAGCAGGGGAACGCAUGCAUCUAUGUCCUCGACCUGRGGGAGGACGCCCUCCACAACCAAGGCAAUGGGAACGACACGCGGGGGCUCUGGAAGCCCCUGCUGGUGAACCACACGCAGCACGUGCUCGAGCCGCAGCUUUAGGGAAGAAAAAGGGCAGGGGCCUGCCCCGCGGGAAAAACCACCGGAAGCAAAGCCACGCCGCACCAGGGCAAUCCUUGGUGAUCCGUGCCGUGGUGCCGUAGACCGCGAACCGCAACAAAAUUCGUUUCGUUUCGUUUCGUGGUGAUUUUUACAAGGGCCGUAUCUCUCGCACGGAACAAGAACGGGCUCGGCUCCACGCUGGAUGCUCCUUUGGAUGGAUCGAGUGCCGGGAUGCAUUCCGCCGCGCCUCGUCGCAACGACUCUGGGACCGGCAGCCGUGCCGCAAACGCAUCAUGGUACCGAAUACGGUGAAAAACGCUAACUACUCGUUACUACUGCACCAGAUAACUCGGAACAAACAAUAGUUAGUAGUGGCGAACAGACAAUUCCGUCGUUCUCGUUGUGCUUUCUACCAUGGUGGCAUUGCGUGUCUGCCGUUUGGUUCACUCUCGAUACGAUUCGAUUUGAUUCGAUUCACAGACUUUCGUUCCCUUGUCAAAGAUCCUUCUCUCUGUUGUUUUCUGCAACAACGAACGUCCCGCGACAUCCACGGGCCGAACGGAGGAGAGAAAAGAUCUUGUCAUUCGGGCGGAGUGGGCGAACCGACCGAAUAGCGACACCAAUCACAUCGUCACAGGCAAGCACACAGCCUCCACAGCCGCGCGCUGUAUGUGGUGCUCCCUUUUUUCGCUUCGUUUUACCUUGCUUGGCGUUGCCUUGCCUUGCCUUGCCUUGCCUUCCUACAACUCGCCGUCGCCACCGUUCUCCCGGACGUCCCUCACGGCGGCGACCAGGUCGUCGACCUCCAGUGCCGAUCCCGUGACCUCCGGGUAGGCGUACCUGGGCUCGCCGUCGCUACCAAAGACAAUGAUUCCACCCGUCUUGAGGCCCUCUCCGACCAAGUUGCCCUCGAGGCCCUUGGACUUCAUCCGCUUGUUCAUCCCCUUCAUGCCCUUGUAGAUCUUGUAGGGGUUCAGGAGGGACCACCAGCUCAGGUGGUCAGUAAUCUUGCCGUCGCCAAAGGCGCGGUAGAAAUCGAGGUUCUCGUCCCGGUAGAGUGGAAACUUAAAGUGGUCCCCGUGAAAGACGCGGAGUCCCUCGUCGUCCUGCGCACGGAACGAAACACGGCACGGUACAAGCGAUGGACGAUGUGCAAUCAAAACGUAAGAACCCGGGCGCUCGGAGAAAACCAACAACAGCAGGAGCAACAGAGAAACAAAUGGCCAAACAACCCCAACUCUUCGGUAUUGCAAAACACGCCAUUCGAUCCAACAAAGGCACCAAAGCAAAAACACAGCGGAACAAGACACGAGGCACCAAAACAAGGAGCUGCGAUACGCACCACUCCAGUCUCCUUGACGACCCCGAACAGAUCRAAUCCCUCCAGGGGGGAGGCCUCUCCUCCCUCGCCAGUYGCCGCCAACUCGGACAGUUGCUGCCCGUGUUCGCGGCACAAGACUCACCCGGGCCUGCGGACCACGAAGCAGAUGCUCCCCGCCUUUCCCGAGUUGGCCGCCACGGCUUCUUUUCCGGUGACGGUCUGGUCGGCGGACUCUGUCACCAGGUCUCCGAUCCCCGGAGAAAAGUCGAUCGGGACCAGGCUGGCGGUGGACAGCCAGCUCGCCGAGUCCUUCAUGAGAGGCGUAAGGUGCAUCCGCUUGGGAACACCCACGGGCAUCGCGUCGGCCAUGGUGGCCGUGGAACUACCGGUGGAGAAGAGGGACAGUACCGCAGCAGCGGCAAAUGCGAGGGUCGUGGGAGACGAAGGUCGAAAUGCUCGUGUUGCCGAAGCCGCUCCCCUCAAGCCGUUCGCAAGAAGAAAUGGCAUGGACCGUCGGCGCGCAAUGUGUGGCAACGAUGACGUGCUGCUCUUCUGAAACGAGACCUGAACUGGGAUCGCGAUUUCAGAUCCAGCCAAGGUGGUGACUGGCGAUCUUGCUUUCGGCUAAAAUUCUUCCACACUUUGUUGUGUACGUGUGUGAGACUGUGAGUGUGUUCCAAGCCUUUGCCGUCCACACCAAAAAGAACUCUUGGUGUCAGUAAAAAGAAACGAAAGAU